AUGCGAGCGACAAUACUGGGCGGAGUUUUUGAAAGCAUACGACCAGCACGUAAACUGCUUGACUGGAGUGAAGAAGCUCCGCGUUCCUGGCGGCGUCAAGACGAGACUGCAACAGAGCAGAGCUUGCACCCUUUCACGUACAGUUGCCAGUGUUUUUGGGCGAAAAUCACUAGAUGGGUCGUUGAAGACUCCAUUUGCAUUUGCGCCUAUUUCUUUCCGAGUGAGUACCUUGUUGGACGUCUGAAUAGUAGAGUUUACUCACUUGCUACUCUCCAGGUACUUGAAGAGCCAACGUUGCUUGCCUCGUCAGAGAAUAAACCUCGCGGAAUAGACAGGAUAACGUCGUACUUUCAUCAAUCAAUUGAUACCGCGGCAACUAAUCUGAACACCUGUGCUACAAUGCUGAAAAGAAUAUGUAGGCUACAUGGCUUGCAUCGCUGGCCCGGUCGAAAAGUAAGCACAUCUCAAGUCACUGUCCUCGAUUCUGAGUAA